GUCAUUGCCUUUACUGGAAAUUGGUUGCAUUCAACACUGUUGACUCAUUACCUUUUAUUUAAUGAGUGCACCCAUGUUAUCCAGUUUUGUUUGACUGAUCUGUCAUUUGAUUGCAAAUUGAUAAGAAAUAUCUGUUAUUAGUAUAUUUCUCCAAAAUGACCAUAGUCCAGUAGCUUCAUCGUCACUUUCCUUUAGUUCUCGCGCUUGUUAUUUAAUUUUACCACAAGAUGUCGCCGUCAGCUCAGGGUGUUCUCACUUAUUUCUGUGCCAUGCUCCUCCCUUUUACUGAAUUCGAGGUUUGUAAUGCUUUGUUCGUCUUACCGAUGUGAAAGGCUCAAAACGUAUCUGUACUUGAAUAAUGUUACAGCUGGACAACAAUUUUUGUGAUUAAACCUGCCGACAGAAUGCACAAAGGGAAUGUUUUCCGGCAUUGGAUUUAUUUUCUGAUCCACUUAUUUCACAUAUGGAGUAUCGCAGCAACGCAGAUUGUUUAUUCUGUUACGGAGGAAUCGAGCCCGGGCACCACUGUGGGGAAUCUGGCAAAGGAUUUACAUCUUGAUGUACAGGAAUUGGAAAGCCGAGGUUUUCAGAUUUCAGGACCUAAUAAGAAGUACUUUGAAGUCAACGUUAAGACUGGGAUACUUACAGUGACAGACAGAAUAGAUCGAGAGGAGCUCUGCUCUCGGAACGUGAAGUGCUCUCUGGAGGUGGAAGCUAUUGUGAAUUCUCCGCUGAAUCUCUAUCGUUUUGACGUUAAAAUUUUGGAUAUAAACGACAAUGCGCCCACUUUUAGGAUACCAGGAAUAGUACUGAAUGUGUCCGAAUCAGCUUUCCCUGGUGAGAGAUUUACUCUACCUAACGCAUUUGAUGUAGAUGUCGGAGGCUAUUCACUUAAAAACUACAAGCUUAGCCCAAAUGAGCAUUUCACACUGGAUGUACAGAAUGGUGGCGAGCAGACGAUGUCUGCUGAAAUGGUACUGCAGAAGGCGUUGGACCGCGAGAAACAGCCAGUUAUUAAACUAACACUGACGGCUGUAGAUGGAGGGAAACCUCCAAAAUCUGGCACUUUACAUAUAACCGUUAAUGUGCAAGAUGUAAAUGACAAUAUUCCAGUUUUUGACAAGUCGUUGUAUAAAGUCGCGGUGCCUGAAAACGCCCCGAGAGGUACAAGCUUAAUUUCUGUGCAUGCUCGGGAUUUGGAUGAAGGUCUUAAUGGAGAAAUAAUAUAUUCUUUUAUUAACCACGACAAUGACGACAACGUUGAUAAAUUUGUCAUCAAUCCCACUACAGGAGAAAUUACAGUAAAUGGUGGAAUAGAUCAUGAAAAAAACAAUGCUGUCGAAAUUCGCGUUCAAGCAAAAGACAAAGGAUCAAGUCCAAGAGCCUCUCAUUGUAAAGUACUUGUUGAAAUCACGGACGUUAAUGAUAACCCUCCUGAAAUAUCUGUAACAUCUUUGGUCAAUGUGGUUAAAGAAGACGCACCCCUGGACACAAUGGUUGGACUUAUAACGAUUAAAGAUGACGACGCAGAUAAAAAUGGCGUUGUUGAUGUUAAAAUAGUUGAUUCUGUGCCAUUUAAAAUUAAGAAUACAUACAAAAAUCAUUAUUCAUUAGUCGUGGACGCAGCGUUAGACAGAGAGCGUGCUUCUGCGUAUAAUGUAACAAUAGUGGCCUCUGAUCAAGGGACCCCAUCUCUUUCAAGUACAAGUGUCAUCACUGUACACGUUUCUGAUGUCAAUGACAAUGCACCUAGUUUUAAAGAGCCUGUACUCAACAUUUUUGUGAAAGAAAAUAGUCUUGUGGGCGCUCCGAUCUAUACAAUGACUGCAGAUGACCCGGAUGUGGAUGAAAACGCCAAAGUAACUUAUUCUGUUGUAAGCAAUAAUAAUAAAAUAAUGCAAUAGGGACGAUUAUAAACAUUAACUCAGAGACAGGAGAUAUAGUCAGUUUACAGUCUUUUAACUAUGAGGAGUUAAAAACGUUUCAGUUUAAGGUUCAGGCCACAGACUCUGGUGUUCCUCCGCUC